CUACCAUGUAACGCCAUAUCUAUAGUUGCGAAACAAACAUGCAGUUUGAAAGGGCGCAGUGCUCUUGAAUCUGAACACUAUGCAACUACUUCACCUUGUUAUUGUGGUAAAGACACUAUUAUGUGUCGGUCAGAGUUACACCAUCAGAAGCUCUGUUUCAUGGGCUGUCACCAAUGAUGUGGUGGAUGAAGAGCUGGACACGCACUCGGACGAGGCGCCAGCUGUGCUCGUCGAUAAUAUCGGGAUCUGGAAACAAGCCUAUCCGUCCUCUGUGUACCGGGACGGCUCAGAGAAGAAACCUGACCAGGUAUCGAAAAGCGAGGAUGUGUCAUCCGCCUCCCGUGUGUUCUCAUACCGUAUGGAGGAGGUGAAGGCGCCGUCCAGCAUCCCUACGCCUCCACCGCACGAGGAGACGGCGAGAGUAGCGCGAUAUAUGGCGCAUUAUAGCGACUGGGGUCACCUGGCAACCAUCUCCACGCAGGAUCAGAUCAAAGGACUUCCGUUUGGAAAUAUCUUCUCCGUCAGUGACGGUCCAGCUGACAACAGCACUGGUGUUCCUUAUUUCUACGUCACACCGAUGGACAACACUGUAACGGAUCUUCGCAGCUUCCCUUUUGCCUCCUUAACAUUUUCUGAGGCAGAGGGAGAUUUCUGCAGGAAGCAGGUUUAUGACCCAGAGGACCCCAGAUGUGCUAGACUCACUUUGACUGGUAAAAUGGUGGAAGUGGGACCAGAGGAGCUUGACUUUGCCAAAGAGGCUAUGUUCUCCAGGCAUCCUGUUAUGAAGAAGUGGCCCCCUGGACAUAAUUGGUUUUUCAUGAAAUUGGUUUUGCAGCAAGUUUGGCUGCAGGACUGGAUUGGAGGAGUCUCUGUUAUUCCGCUUGAAGAGUAUUUCAAAGCGACACCUUUCUGAGAAAAAACGCAGCAUCCUAUAAUGAACAAGGUACAAGCAGAACUGAACUGAUUAUGGACAGAAGGUGGUUGUUUUUGUUACAAACUACUUCCAACUAGUGGUUUUUGUCCUGACCAUGAUACCGGUUCAGUGCCUCUGGAUUUUGCUCCUAACAUGUUCUUGAGGAUUUGUUGAAUGUAUGAAUUAUGUUCAAGGAAGCCUAUAAUUAUCGCUAGAAUAAUUCCACAUUUACUUAAAGUGCCCCUAUUAUGCGGUUUUAAAGAUUCCUAAUUUUGUUUCACAGGUCUCCUACAAUAGGUUUACAUGUAUCAAAGGUCUAAAAACCACUUUCAUUUUCUCAUAACAUACAUUACAGUAUUACAUCUUUUCUCGCAGUGUCUGAAAUGGUUCGAUAAAGGAUUCAGUCUCUCUAAACCCCUCCUUUCCGAGAGCCUACUCUGCUCUGAUUGGUCAGAUGGCUAACUCUGUUGUGACUGGUCCACCGUUUACAGCAUGUAUCAGAAACAAAACGCCCACACCCAUAUUUGAAUUUCAGCCCCGGAGGUUUCCUCAGCACUCGUAUGAACGGUAGCGAUGGCGUCGCUUUCACCGUAUCAGCCCGAGUACACAUUCUUUGAAAGUUCAUGCAAAGUGGAUUUGCUUUCGCAGUACAUAAAACAGCAUCUUCUCAACAUGUUGACAACACGAACCAAACUCUUCCAGUCCUCAGCUACAACUACACUGCUUGAGGGCGGGUCAGAGUAGACAUUGUUCAUGGGCAGCCACUGAAGUCCAUAGGCUGGCAUUAUACAGAUGUGUUACAAACCUGCAAUCGGGUUCAUGCAGGAAGUAAGACUGGAAUUGACAACUCGUUUCAGGCACUUUCAAUAACUCCAUUUAUACUACAUAAAACAUAAAAUUACAUACAUAAGGAACAUACACUACAUAAAAGGAAAUAUCUGAAAAAACAUAAUAUGGACAUUUUAGAGACAUUUAUCACAUAUAUGCUAUGUAGACACUGUAUUGAAAGGAAACAUAACCAUUCAAAUCAGUCAUUCUUAAACUUUCUACCAUAGGCCUUCACAAAGAAAUGUAAUUUCUGUAGUAGUAAUACUUCAGUACACAAAGAAAAGGUAUGUCCUAAAUAGUUAUAGAAAUGUUUUCUCUGAAACUCACUUGACUGGGAGGUCUGACAUUUCAAUAACAGCUGAAGUGUGGAAGUUAUGCAAAAGAGAGUUUUUCAGUUGUAUUCAUGGCAUCUAAUUCUUUCCUACACUUCAAGUUCAGUUUUAGGUCUGCAUUAACUUCUCAAGAACAGUGACUUACUGUACAGUACAUGGCCUCAUAUGUUACGUACCUAAUGUAAUUACAAUGUAAUUGACACCUUAAUGAAAUUUCUCAAAUAUCUGUCUGUGCCUUGCAUUACCUCUUCACAAUGAUAUACAUGUGCUGCACAAAUAAAAUAAAAACAUAUUAAGAAAUUA